AUGUUCAAGCCAUCUGGAUUAUCUGCUGUUUUCUUGUGUGGAUCUUGUAGUGAGAUUUUAUGUCGUGAUGCAUACUUUCGCUCACCCUCUAUAUGUGCAUAUAUUACAGGGAAUGGAUCUCUAUUUAAGAGACAUGAUGAGCAAGCUGUGACUUGUGAAGACUUCUUUGCUGCUAUGCGUGAUGCAAACAAUGCAGAUUUUGCUAAUUUCUUGCAAUGGUACUCCCAAGCUGGAACGCCAGUUGUUAAAGUGGCCUCCUCUUACGAUGCUGAAGCUCGUACCUUUUCUUUGAAAUUCAGUCAGGAGACACCCCCGACUCCAUGCCAGCCAACAAAAGAACCAACAUUUAUUCCAGUAGUGGUUGGUCUUCUAGACUCAAGUGGGAAAGACAUUACACUUUCCUCUGUUUAUCAUGAUGGUACACCGCAAGCCAUUUCAAGCAGCAGCACAAUACUUCGAGUGACUAAGAAAGAAGAAGAGUUUGUGUUCUCUGAUAUAUCAGAAAGACCUGUUCCAUCCCUAUUUAGGGGAUUCAGUGCCCCAGUUCGCGUUGAGACUGAUCUCUCCAGUGAUGAUCUUUUCUUCCUCCUAGCCCAUGAUUCAGAUGAAUUCAAUCGGUGGGAGGCAGGUCAAGUUCUGGCAAGGAAGCUCAUGCUGAACUUAGUUUCUGACUUCCAGCAAAAUAAACCGUUGGUUCUAAACCCAAAAUUCGUGCAAGGUCUCGGCAGCGUGCUUUCUGACUCGAGCUUGGACAAGGAAUUUAUAGCCAAAGCAAUAAUAAUGCCUGGGGAGGGAGAGAUAAUGGACAUGAUGGCCGUGGCGGAUCCCGAUGCUGUUCAUGCUGUUCGAGAGUUUGUCAGAAAACAGCUUGCAUCUGAACUUAAAGCUGAGUUUAUAAAGAUAGUCGAGAACAAUAGAAGCACUGAAGCUUAUGUCUUUGACCACCCAAACAUGGCGAGGCGUGCUUUAAAGAAUGUAGCGCUAGCUUACCUUGCAUCUCUCGAGGAUCCAGAGUUUGUGGAACUUGCAUUGAGUGAAUACAAGACGGCCACCAAUUUGACCGACCAGUUUGCUGCUUUGGUGUCUCUUUCCCAAAACCCGGGUAAAACCCGUGACGACGUUCUUGCUGACUUCUAUGACAAGUGGCAGGACGAUUACUUGGUUGUUAAUAAAUGGUUCCUCCUUCAAGCAACGUCUGACAUUCCUGGCAACGUGGAGAAUGUCAAGAAGCUUGUGGAUCAUCCAGCUUUUGAUCUGCGCAAUCCGAACAAGGCAAGUGAAAUCUCAGAACUCAAUUCAUUCCGCAACCAUUUGUUGUUUCUCAGUUAUGGAUCGGGUUACAAGUUCUUGGGCGACAUUGUUGUCCAGUUAGACAAAUUGAAUCCUCAGGUUGCGUCUCGUAUGGUGUCUGCCUUUUCGAGGUGGAAGCGGUACGAUGAAUCCCGGCAAGCUCUAGCCAAGGCGCAAUUGGAGAUGAUAAUGUCAGCAAACGGAUUGUCUGAGAAUGUGUUUGAGAUUGCCUCCAAGAGUUUGGCUGGUUGAGAGAGAGACGUUAAGAGUCCUUUUAAAGACGUUAACUAUUUUUAGUUAAUGAAAUAAGCAAAUGGGUUAUAUAAUAAAGUAUCACAGAUUGUUUUAACCUGUUAGUUUUUACUUUUUAUAAUGAACUCGUGCAUUAUUUAUAUAAUCUGCCAACAGUGGCAAAGUCGUCAUCAUGCCAUUCCUGUUGCAUGUUCCUUUUAUAACAGUUUACAAAUCGUAAGUUCCUUUUGCAUCAAAACAAAACCCUUUCACUGUUGAACAAAAAUACAAAAUUAACGAGUGAAUGAUUAAAAGUCUAUAUAUAUAGUACAACAAAAUCACAUAGUACAUAGUCUGGAUUCAUCAAACUCAUUGCUCCCAUCAGAGAGACUUUCAUCGUCGUCUGCAUACAAUUGCUUCCAUCAGAGAUACUUAAGACUCUCAUCAUCGUCGUCUUCAGAGACUUGUUCUGAACAAGAUUCAUGGCUCCCAGCAGAGAGACUCUCAUCAUCAUCGUCGUCUGUCAAGAUCUGGACACCACAUUCAACAAUAUCGAAUUCAUGGGAUGAGGUGCUGAAUUGGAAUGAUACCUCGUUGUCCUGUUCAAGCCAUUCGUCAUCCUUACGCAAUCCCAAAUGAAAUAUACAGAGAUGUUUUCUUCGGAUAUAGGGGAAACUCGCGAGGUCUUGUUCGUCAAUAGGGCAACCGUUUAAGCUUAUGCGCCACAAUACAUCAAAAUCUCCCUUAAAAAGUCCUGAUUCGGUAUGCGGUUUAGGGGUAACCACGAUGCAAAAUCUAAAUCGGUAGAAAGAUGAAGAGAUGGUCAAGGAGUUUCCUAGAGCUCGGUGAUUGAACUCCGCAGGUAUUUCCCAUCCGGGUAAGCAUGCUAGAGAUGAUUGCUGUGUAAUCACUCUCCUUGCUUCUCGGCCCAAUUUGUAGCAGUUGAUGAACCAGAGUAUCUCAAUUUGAGAGUCAAUAGGGAAAGAUGUUAUCGUCUCCAAUGACUCGCAAGUGUCUACUCCUAGUGCUCUGAGCGAGGGAGGGAGCUCUGGCAGUGAUGCAAGUUUUGGACAUCCAGAUAUGUAAAGAAUGACUAACCCUUGAAGAUCUUUGAUACGGUCUGGAAUUCUCUCAAUAUCUGCGCCAAUUCGCUCUGGAAGAUCUUCCUCCGAAAGUGGAUAGGGAUAGAUACUGCCGAAUAUAAGGAGACUCCGAAGGCGAGACCAAGGGCUAAUUGUUUGAAGCAUUUCUUCUAACAUCGUGUCUGUAAUUAAGAGUUUUGUGACGUUCCCGUAAAUAUCUGGAUUUAGCCUCAAUUGCCAGCAUCCCAUCACGAAGACUGAUGGUGAUGGUAGGUUGAAGAGAGUCGGAACAACCUGUAGCUUCAUACAGAAACUCAUUUGCAACUCUUCUAGCUUAGGAAGAUUUCCAAUUGAUGAAGGAAUCUCCACCAAACUCCGACAGUCGUUCAGAUCCAAUUCCUCGAGAUUUGUAGCGCUUGAAAGAUCCGGGAGUUCCUUUAAACACCGGGAAGAUGACAAAUCCAUCUUCUUGAGAUUUGUAAGUGGCUGAAUACCUUCCCAAAAUUUCUCUAGCCUGUUAUUUUUCAUAUUGAGUUCCACAAGAUAUUGAGGCAUAAAUGUACGAGGAAGAUACUUCCCAGGGUAUUCUUCCCAGUGUAAUAGCCUUAGCUGAGGCGGGAAAUCCAUCUCAUCGUGUAUCUGCACUGUAACAUUUGUAUCUAGUCUUGUCUUGUAGAUACUGAUAAAUCGAACAUUAAGCAUAUUUCUAAAAGCACUUUUGCUUAUAUACACGACGUUUGGAAUUGUGGAUAUAUCCAAAGAUAUACCCGUCACAUUUCUACUACCCUAAGCCAAAUUUAAAAAAAAAAGAGAGCAAAUGUUAGCACAAUAGAUAAAGAAAGUCUUUUUUAGCAUUCAGCCGAUUUAACAAGUAUAUUUAAGGGAAAAAAAAAAAAAACAAAGAGAGAACUUACAUAAUCAGUUUUGAGGACUUCACAAAUCUCAUGAGCAUUAGUUAAGAUCUGGCGCUUCGAAAGCUCUUGUCGUUCAACAGCUUCUCUAGCCACUUGUUGUAGCAACUUGUGCAUCAUUACUUUGCCUUCGGUUGAUAUGUGUAUCAGAGAUUUAUAGGCAAGUUUAUUUAACCCGAGUCUAACAUCCAAGAUGUCAGCGAGCAUGGCCAUCACGUGAUCAUCGUUUUCGUAGUUGAAGAAGAAUGCAAUGUGGAGAAACAGCGAUUGAUCCUUCUCAUGUAAACUGUCGUAUCCGACUCGAAGUACUAAAUCAAUCUUUCGAUCAAGGCUAGUUUCUAGCCUAUGCAAUAUACUUUCCCAGUCAACUUCUUUCUUUCCGCGUAAAGUUGAACCCAUGACACGAAGACCCAGAGGAAGGUUGCUACAGAUCUCUGUUACUCGUUCGACAAGCUUUUCAAAACAGCCUGGUGCAUAGCUCUGUUUAAAAGCAAAUCUACAAAAUAUCUUACUAGCUUCUUCUUUAGUUGGAAAAUGCACAUAGUAUGUGUUAUCGAUACCAUGUUGCUCCAGAAGCUCUUGAUCUUCCGUGGUUAUGAUAAUCCUGCUUCCAGGACCAAACCAGUUAGUUUCAUUAGCCAAAGCCUCAAGCUGCUGCAGAUCAUCCACAUCAUCAAGCAUUAUAAGCACAUUUUGGUCGCAUAGCCUUUCCCGUAUAGCACCUAAAUGCUUUACACUCAUACCGUUUUGGUUUAGAAUCUUGGAAAGAAGUUGCUCUUGUAAGUGCAACUUCAAACCAUACUCGUCAAGACUGCUAUUAUAGCUUCCCUUAAUAUUCUCCAUAAAACAAGUAAGCUGAAAACUGCUAGAGAGUCGGCUAUGUAAAGCCCUCGCAAUGGUAGUCUUACCGAUUCCCGCAGGGCCACAGAUUCCUACUAUCAUAGCUUCAUCCUCAUCGUGUAAAUGUAACAAAGACUGCAUUUUCUGCAAAUGUGCUUCAAUACCCACCAUGCCUUCAAAAUCGCUACAGAUUGUAAUGUUUAGUUUGUUUGAAACAUCAAUGGCAAUCUUUUCAAUCAUCUUCGAUUCCUUAUCCCUAACAAAAGAAGUGCUCUCCAGCAAUGUUUCCCACAUCGGCCAAAGCUUGGCUCCAUUUUCGCCUCUCUUCCUCCGUUCUGCGGCGACAAGUUUCACUGAAAGCUCUCCCGAAUUCUCCGGUUUGUUUCCGAACAUCAGAGGGAUCUACUCCGUAGAAGACCGUCAUCACAAUUUGCCCAAUAUUUUGCUUGCACUUGAAGAUCUCCACCAAUUCAUCCAAACACCAUCCUGAAGAAGCAUAGUUCUUCGUGAGCACCACGAUCGAGAUCCUCGAUUCCUUAAUCGCUUUUUUGAGAGCAGGACCGAUGGUUUCACCUCUCUCGAUCCCUUGAUCAUCGAACAUCGAAAUCCCAUUGCAGCUAAACUGUUUGCGUAAAUGACUGAGAAAGGUUUUACGCACGUCUGGGCCAUGGAAGCUCGUGAAGACACGGUAUCUCCAGGUACGACUCCGAGAAGAAGAAGAAGCCAUGAGAGAGGUUAUCGUGAGUGGUUCAAAAUCACAGAUUCACAGGCCAUAAAUGGUUGAAAUCGGAGAAGAUAGCAAACACGCACACUUACUGUUGACUCUGUUGACCAAGACGACUAUAAGUUUCUUUUUUCUUUUUUUUUUCUUUUUUAUUGUUGUUAAAGCGAUGAAGUUUCUUAGCCAACAUCUUUGAAAAGCAA